AUGAUCGCAGCACAGCUUCUGGCCUACUACUUCACAGAGUUGAAGGAUGACAAAGUCAAAAAGAUCGAUAAGUACCUGUACGCCAUGCGUUUCUCCGACGAGACGCUGAUGGACAUCAUGAAGCGAUUCAGGAGGGAACUGGGGAAUGGGCUGGGUCGGGACACUAACCCCACAGCAACUGUCAAGAUGCUGCCCACCUUUGUCAGGUCCAUUCCUGAUGGAUCAGAGAAGGGGGACUUCAUUGCUCUGGAUCUGGGAGGCUCGGCCUUCCGCAUCCUGCGAGUGAAGGUGUCCCAUGAGAAGAAGCAGACAGUUCAGAUGGAGUGCCAGAUCUAUGACACUCCAGAGGACAUCAUCCAUGGCAGUGGCACUCGGCUGUUUGACCAUGUUGCAGAGUGCCUGGGUGACUUCAUGGAGAAGCAGAAUAUCAAGGAUAAGAAGCUUUCUGUCGGCUUCACCUUCUCCUUCCCCUGUGCACAAACCAAACUGAAUGAGAGUUAUUUGCUCACUUGGACAAAACGCUUUAAAGCCAGUGGAGUUGAGGGAAUGGACGUUGUGACUCUUCUGAACAAGGCCAUCAAAAAACGUGGGGACUAUGAUGUAGACAUCAUGGCAGUGGUCAAUGACACAGUUGGAACCAUGAUGACCUGUGGCUUUGAUGACCAGCGUUGUGAAGUUGGUAUCAUCAUAGGCACAGGUACUAAUGCUUGUUACAUGGAGGAGCUAAGGCACAUUGACCUGGUGGAGGGAGACGAGGGCAGAAUGUGUAUCAACACAGAGUGGGGAGGCUUUGGGGACGAUGGAAUGCUGGAGGACAUUCGCACAGAGUUCGACAGAGAAAUUGACAGGGGCUCUCUAAACCCAGGGAAACAGCUGUUUGAGAAGAUGGUCAGUGGGAUGUACAUGGGCGAACUUGUGCGACUCAUCCUGGUCAAGAUGGCCAAAGAGGGAUUUUUGUUUGAGGGUCGGAUAACGCCUGAACUUCUUACCAAAGAGAAAUUUGAAACCAAACACGUUUCUUCCAUUGAAAAGAGUAAAGAAGGCCUCACUAAAGCCAAGGAUAUCCUAGGUCGCCUGGGUGUGGAACCAUCCGCAGAUGACUGCAUUGCUGUGCAGCACGUAUGCACCAUAGUCUCCCACAGAUCAGCCAACCUCAUCGCUGCCACUCUGGGCGGCAUCCUCUCCAGGCUAAAGGACAACAAAGGGAACCCUCGCCUACGCACCACUGUGGGCAUCGACGGCUCUCUCUACAAGAUGCACCCGCAAUAUGCCCGGCGUCUCCACAAAACAGUCCGCCGCCUAGUUCCUGAGUCAGAUGUCCGCUUCCUGCUCUCAGAGAGCGGGAGCUCCAAGGGCGCUGCCAUGGUGACCGCCGUGGCCUACCGGCUGGCUGACCAGCGUUGUCAGAUCACAGAGACCCUGGCUGAGUUCAGACUGACCAGUGACCAGCUGCUGGAGGUGAAGAAGAGGAUGAGGACGGAGAUCCAGAACGGCCUUGGGAAAAAGACCCAUAACAGCGCCACCGUCAAGAUGUGGCCCACAUAUGUACUCAGCACACCAGAUGGAUCAGAAAAUGGUGAUUUCUUGGCUUUGGAUUUAGGAGGGACAAACUUUAGAGUGCUGUUGGUGAAGAUUCGCAGUGGCAAGCGGCGGACAGUAGAGAUGCAUAACAAAAUUUAUGCUAUUCCUAUGGAGGUGAUGCAGGGGACUGGAGAGGAGCUGUUUGACCACAUUGUCCAGUGCAUAUCUGACUUCCUGGACUACAUGGGUAUGAAGAACACUCGCCUGCCUCUGGGUUUCACCUUCUCCUUCCCCUGCAGACAGACCAGCUUGAAUGUGGGCAUCCUGGUAACCUGGACCAAAGGCUUCAAAGCCACUGACUGUGAAGGGGAGGAUGUUGUCGGACUUCUCAGAGAGGGGAUUAAAAGGAGAGACGAGUUUGACUUGGACGUGGUGGCAGUAGUUAAUGACACAGUGGGGACCAUGAUGACAUGUGCAUAUGAAGAGCCUACCUGUGAGGUCGGCCUGAUCGCAGGAACUGGCAGCAACGCCUGUUACAUGGAGGAGAUGAGGAACAUUGAGAUGGUGGAGGGGGAUGUGGGGAGGAUGUGUGUCAACAUGGAGUGGGGCGCCUUCGGGGACAAUGGGUGCCUGGAUGAUAUCAGGACAGAAUAUGACAAAGCUGUGGAUGACUUUUCACUCAACCCUGGAAAACAGAGGUAUGAGAAGAUGUGUAGUGGUAUGUAUCUCGGGGAGAUUGUGCGAAACAUCCUGAUCGACUUGACGAAGCGUGGCUUUCUCUUCAGAGGGCAGAUAUCAGAGACUCUGAAGACCAGAGGCAUUUUCGAAACUAAGUUCCUCUCCCAGAUUGAAAGUGACCGGUUGGCACUACUGCAGGUGAGGUCCAUCCUGCAGCAGCUGGGUCUGGACAGCACAUGUGAUGACAGUAUCAUCGUCAAGGAGGUGUGUGGUACAGUGUCUCACCGGGCGGCUCAGCUCUGUGGAGCCGGAAUGGCUGCCAUUGUCGACAAAAUCCGAGAGAACCGUGGGCUGAACCAAAUGGACAUCACCGUUGGGGUGGACGGAACACUCUACAAGCUACAUCCACACUUCUCAGGGAUCAUGCACCAGACAGUGAAAGAGUUGGCCCCUAAGUGUAACGUCAAUUUCCUUCUCUCUGAGGACGGGAGUGGCAAGGGUGCAGCCCUCAUCACUGCUGUGGGCUGUCGCAUGCGUGAGCAGGAGGAGCAGAAGAGCUGAGUCUGUUUGGCUUAACCCCCUCUCCACUCCUCUUCCUCCUCCUCUUCUUUCUCUCCAUAUAGUAGCAUACCACUCUAGCAAUGACACUUACAGUAUUUUCCACUUAACCACUCUGCUUCAGAAACCAACCAUUGUUCGCCUGUGGUGGGCAGAUCUCAAGGGCACCAAUGACAGAACAUUUACAUGCUUUAAACAAUUUCACUUCUUCACCUGCUAUUACCAGCCGUUUGGUCUUUGUGUUGAUCUGCUAUUCCGUAUGCAAGGAACUGGGCUCUUUGUUUGAGUUCAUCUUAUUUGUGAUGUUAUAACACUGCUUUAGGCAUUUGGGUAUAUGUAUAAUAGGAAAUAUUUCUGCUUUGAAUGUUGUAUACCUUGCUCAGGUAUAUAAAUGUAAAUGUUAUUUAUUUCAUUUUUGUAUUGGGUGGAUGUUUUGACAUAAUGAGUUGUAAGGGAGAAUCAUUGCAAGGUUAAGAAGUUAUCUUGUGAAAUCUGGUUUUUAUUUUUAACUUGGCAUUCUUCUUUAAGUGUUUCAAAGAUAUGAAAUGUCAACCUUUUUUUGUAUUUGCUUGAUAGAAUUUCUAGGGUUGUUAUGAAUGAACCAUUGUUCCUUGACCUUUGAGUAUCUUUUCAUUGCUCAAGGGCAGGCUGCUCACAAGCUCAUUCAAAAGUAAAUGCAGCCACGCUGUAGGAUGCUUCCUCAAUGCAUUGCUUUGGCAGUCUUUGUGAAACCUCUUAGGCUGAGUCAUGUUAAGGACCAGAUUCAAUCAGAGCCUGCUGAAAAUCAGAUAUCUAAAGCAACGGUAUCAAUAAAACUGGCUUUUGUGAAUAAGACAAUGACUUGAAUUCCAGCAGUGCACAAUGUACAAAAGAAGACAUUUAUAACAGAAUGAAUGGAGCAAGAUGUGUGUGAGCAUAUGUUUGUAUACUGCAGUUGAAUGUUCAAUCCUUACUGUAAGAAAAAAAAUAGCUAUAAGAUUAUAUAUUAAAUGCUUACCUUAUAUAGUGUCAGAAAUCUAGAAUACAAUUAUUUUGUACAAUCAGAGAUGCACAAAACUGGUCAAAAGGAUGCAUUGGGUUACAAUUACAUUUAUUUUGAUGUGCAACCAAAUAUAAAGCUGUUAGUCAU